GCGGCGCCGGGAAUUUGCUUUGAAUGUUGUUACAAAACCACCACAACCUCACUUUAUGCGUACGAAUGUUUGGCUUAGAUGACUGGAGUUGAUAACCCCGCCCUUAUCAUUGUUGCAGUUACGAUACGGUUAGCUUUAGGAACGAGACACUACUACUGAAAGAUCCAAAUAUAAACACUCUGAAGGUCUCGUCCAGUGAGCAUCAGCAAAGACAUAUAAACAGUGAGCUUAAUCUAGGCUAUACAAACCACAACGUUGGAAUACACAUUGGCUUAUGCAGUUGGUGGGGUCCAAUGUGCUAAAUCCGUCUCGCUACAGUCUCGAGAAUCAAUCGUUUAGAUCGGUAAGCAUUCGGAUGUAAUCUCCGCUUUCAAGUGCUAACAAAAGCAGUCAAACAUGACAGUUUUCUUUGCGUAUCAUAAGCCAUGUGGAAUGAGAGACAGUUUCGCUUUCUAGAGCAAGAGCGGUUUUAUUUAUUUGAUGAAAUAUUGGAAAACAGGACAUGAGAAGGAUUACAAACGCCGUCUUCUUGACUUUAAUCCUUGUGGUCCAGUGCAUGACCGGAUCCCGUAAAUGCAAGCUAAGUGGAGGUGACUUUACAAUAUGUGUUUGCACUAACAGAUCUGGCAUUCAAUGCUCCAUUGAGGGAAUAUCAAUUCCUCUGAACGCAACAACCGCUAAAGAAGCAAAAUGCCUUCAAAACGUUCAGAACUUGGUACAGAAAUCGAAAACAUGCCUGUGCUCAAAAGUGUGUCACACAAACGAGCGAGUUGCUCGAUACAGGGAAACAUGUGCCUCGCAGGCUGUCAGGACAAUAACCAAAACAUCCCCACAAUUUGCAACAUUUUGCUGUAAGAAACAAAGAGUGCUAAUAAAACUUUACUUCGCACUCAAAAAGGAAGCUUUUAAAGAACUUUUAACGUCAAUUACUUCUAGUUCUCCACGCACACUGUCAUCCUACUUGACAACAACCGAGUGGUGUCGAGCGUUUCACUUGAAGUGCGUAGAACUGGCCACAGUUUUCCAAGAAGACUGUGAACACUUUAAAAACCGUCAACGUAGAAACGUGAAAGAAGAAARACCUUCAAACACAACCACCAAACAAACAAAUUCUACUUCAACUGCGGAAUAUGAAAACCUACAAAAUACACCGUCUAGCUUGCUAUCGACUUCAAAACAGACCAUGGCAUUAAAAAUGAAGACCUCGUCGACAUUGCGAGCAUUAUCUUCUGGAAGUACUCUCAAAUCAACACCUCCAUUGUUUCGGGGAACUUCUUCGGUGUCAUCACAAUCACAAGCUGCAAAGACAAGAGAGGAGCAUUUAUCCAUGUCAAGCACUGUAUAUACUCAUUCUAAAAGCACUGCCAAUCUGUCAAUAGAACCAACACCUUCGUUGGCAUUUGUGUCACGAACAUCAAAAAUGCCCGAGUCUACCAGUAUCUUAGAUGAAAGGGUGAAAUUUUCAACCAAGGAUUCACACUCCACAUCAAAGAUAAUGAAGUUUUCAAGACCAAAGUUUUCGUCAAGUUCAGCAAGUGAUAGAUCAUUGGAAAUGAAUUCAGCUAUUCAACAAUCUAAAAUUGCUUCCUCUCUAUUAACAACACAAUCCUCCCUACGAUUGUCAACAUCGAGGCGCAAAUCGUCGUCAAGAUCGUCGUUUGAAAAUAUACUGUCAUCAUCAUCAUCAUCGUUAUCGUCAUCACCUUCAAGAUCAUCACAAUCAAUGCCAUCGUCAUCAUCGCGGGUCACCUUGACGUCWUCAUCACUUGCUUCACUAGAAUCGACACCGCAAGCUCACUUUGACUAUGCAUCCAAGUCUACAGUCAAAGCGUCUAUAUCUAAAGGGUUGUCUUCGGUAACCGUCUUGUCCAAUGCUUUCUCAACUYCAUCUUCGAAAUCCUUAARUUCAUCAUCACUAAAAUCAACWACGGAAUCGCACUUUGAUGUAUCSAAGCCAACAGURACAGCAUCUCUAUCAGGAGAUCUCCAUGUGGUAACAGUCUCUUCCUACGCAURUCCGGGGUAUGUAGACGCUUCACCUCAAUCCCAGGAGACYYUGUCUUCAAAACCACASCCUACCAUGACAAUAUCAAGARCAACAACCACUGUGUUAUCUGAUAAASUCGUAACWACCACGUAUACAAAGCAAAACCACACGAUGCAACUAGCGUCAUCACCAURGACAGAAACARUGGASGUUGUCAAGACAUUGUCCAUGAGUUUAGGAAAAAACGAGAGCUCAUCGCAAGCAACAAGAUCAUUCUCUUUAACUGUAAAGGAUACGAUGAUGAAAACUGCUGCAACAUCGCACAUCGAUGAUGUGUCAUCA